AUGAGCCUACAUGAGCACACAUACAAACCAUAUGGGUCACCCUCAUUCAAGAAUUCUGAUGAAAUAAGGAUCGCCGUCAACUUUCAAGAUCUGAUUCUUGAUAUUUCUGAAAGUUACAUCCAUAUUGAGGGAAAAUUCACACCAAACGAUGCCACUAAAACCUGCUAUCUAUCUAAUAAUGCUCUAGCAUUCUUAUUCGAUGAAAUACGCUAUGAAAUGGGUGGCGAACAAGUAUGCAUGGUACGAAAACCAGGCAUCACUACUACCAUGAAGAGUAUGAUUUCUUAUGGAGAGAGUAAUAUGAAAUUCCUAGAGACAAUUGGAUGGGGCCUUGAUGGUGGCAAGCAGGUGCUUCUAGAUAAAGCUAGCAACGUUUUUAGCGGCAAACUACCCCUUAAAUAUCUGAUGGGGUUUGCCGAAGACUAUUGUAGGGGUAUUUUGAAUAUCGAACAGGAGCUAAUACUCAUCAUAGCUCGCUCAUUCAAGAACUCAUAUAUUGGGGAAGUGGACGCCGAUGUGGAGAUUAACAAAAUUGAGUGGAAGAUAAGACAUGUGAUGCCAUCAGAUAAGCAGGAAUUGAAGCUAUUGACCCGUUUGAAUAGAAGUUCUACGGCAAAAGUGAAAAUUGCAUACAGGAUGUGGGAUCUGUAUGAGUUACCGACUAUUCGUGAAACAGCAUCUGACAUUUGGGCCGUUAAAACUACCAAUAGCCUCGAGCGGCCUCGAUAUAUCAUCAUUGGAUUCCAAAACACUGAUAACACUGAUAAUAGAUCUGAGGAUAUCACACAAUUCACCCAUGCAGGAGUGAGCAAUAUUCGCCUGUAUUUGAAUUCCGAAGUUUAUCCAUACGAGCGAUGGAAUUUGGAUUUCGAUAAGAAAUUAGAUGCAGUAGCCUAUUAUGCAUAUGACAACUUCCAACGUAGUUACUACGGCAAAGACAUGAGCGAACCAAUGAUGAGCAUCGAGGAAUUCCGAAAAAACCCACUAUUCAUCAUUGACUGCAACCACCAACCCGAUGCGAUGAAAUCCUCCACUGUCGACAUCAAUGCGGAUGGGGAGUUCGUCAAUCGCUGGCUUGCUGACUUGGCUGCUCUUCUGGAAGUUGCGUUUUAUGUCCUGGGUCAUCUCAUGCCAACUUUGAGGAACUCUGUUGUCCAACAAAUAUUACCGGCUUGUCAUACACCAAGUACUUGGUUCGAGAGUACUAUCUACCAGUGGCGCAGUCCUAGGACUCCAGGAACUUUAAUGGCAGAGUGGGCCCCAGCAGCUCAUGAUCAUCCUCCUUCCAGAGAUUUAGUCACCCCUUCAGCACCAGUUUGGUUGCCACCAACAUCAGCAUCUGACAUGCCUACAGUUGAAGCCAAUACGAUCGCACUGACCGUAUGA